AAUUUUAGCACGAUUGCUCGUCACGUCUAUUGAUCCUUUGGUCCUUGCAGUGGCCGCGCAUGAUUUGGGGCAAUAUGUAAAGUACUAUCCUAACGGGAAAAAAUUUUUGCAAGAAAUUGGUGCUAAACAGCAGAUAAUGGAGUUAAUGACGCACGAGGAUCCCGAAGUUCGGUACCAUGCCUUGAUAGCAGUGCAAAAAUAUAUGGCCCAAGCAUG